AUGAAUGGAAUUAAUGGCAUUCCGAAUUUUCUUCCAAUGUUUGAUGGAAAAAAUUGGAUUCGAUGGAGAAAACAGAUGAAAUCCUUGUUUGACUUUCAUGAAACCCUAGAAUUGGUUACCGACGGUGUUCCUGUGCUAGCUGCAAAUGCUAGCGGAGCACAGAAAACAUCUCACAACGAAGUCAAGAAGAAGGAUUGCAAGGUUGCGUAUUACAUUCAAUCGGCGGUUGAUUUUAUAAAUUUCGAGAGAAUCUCUCACGCUGAAUCAGCGAAGGAGGCAUGGGAUAUUCUUGUCAAAUAUUAUGAUGGAGGUGAGAAAGUCAAGGUUGUCAAAUUGCAGACCUUGCGUCAACAAUAUGAAUUGUUGUCGAUGGGAGAAGACAAACAGAUUGUAGAGUAUGUAUCGAAGGUGCAGAAAGUCGUCCAUCUCAUAAAGAGUUGUAGUGAAACCCUAACUGAUAAGAUGAUAGUUGAUAAGGUAAUGUCUAUUCAAGAAUCCAAUCAACUUAAAACCCUAAAAUUGGAAGACUUGGUUGGUUCGUUGGAAGCGCAAGAGAUUAGGAUUUUCGAAAGGAAAGGAGUUCAGGAUUCAAUAAAAGCUUUGCAGGUUCACUCAUGGAAAAAGAAUGGUGGUUCCAACAAAUUCAAAAGUAAAGUCGACAAGACUCGGAGAAAAAAGCCUUGGAAAGACAACGGAUCAACAAAAGGCAAGGACGAAGGAGCGAACCUUGCACGCCAAGAUUUAGAUGAUUCUGAAGGUAUGAUGGUUAUGGCUGCAGUGGAAGAUAACCACGUCGAAUCCAAGAUCUGGUUUCUCGACUCAGGUUUCACAAAUCACAUGACUGGUCAAAAUGUGUGGUUGGCAGAUUUCGACGAGUCGAAGAAGAGCAAGGUAAAACUUGCUGAUAAUAGUUUGUUGCAAGUAGAAGGUACUGGAAACAUAGUUGAGUGGCAAAUGACCAUCACUGAGUCAUCUGAAGGUGUUUGGAUCUAUGUGUUACAAGCAUGUUCUUGA